GUACGGCGGAACUGUUUCGGGCCACUGGAAGUGACUGCAAUUCCUUCAAAACCAGAGAACACAAAGUGGAAAGCUGCCGAAGGCUUUUUCUUACCUGCGUUGAACUGA